AUGCAAAGGCUCCUUAUCGCUCUCCUCUUUUGCUUUGCAGCAGCGCAUAAGUCUGAAAAGGCUGAAGAGCCCGAAUUCUCGCCAAAAUCUUACAAACCGCACCAGGUAAUCUACCGCGAUGUCGCCAUAAUCGGAGGCGGAUCUGCUGGAGCGUACAGCGCCGUGCGGCUGGUGGACCACAACCUCUCCGUCGCCGUCAUUGAGCCAAAGGCCCAGCUCGGAGGCCAUGCGGAGACUUAUGUCGAUCCCAGCGGGGUGACUGUCGACAUCGGCGUGGUGGUGUUCGAGCCAUUCAACCUCACGACUGAUUACUUUGCCCGCUUUGGCGUCCCUCUCAUUCCUUACUCGGGCUUCUCGUCCAGCUCUUCCCAAUUUGUCAACUUCGAGACGGGAGAGGUCGUGGACUGGGAGCCUCCCAGUCAAGAGGAAGCUGCGUCUGGAUUUGCUGCCUACGGUGAACAGUUGAGCAAGCACCCGGACAUCGCGACGGGAUACGACCUGAAUUAUCCUGUCGACGAGGAUCUUCUGCUUCCGUUCCAUGAAUUCGUGGACAAGUACCAGAUUGACGGAGCAGUGACAACCCUCUACAACUUCGAACAAGGGUACUCCCCAAUUCUCGAACUUCCCACAAUUUACGUCCUGAAACAAUUCGGGCAAGGACUAUUCCAGGCGGUUACGACAAACUCAUUGCUGACGACUGAGCAUCACAAUACUCACGAGCUGUACGAACGCGUGACGGAAUUCUUAGGAGACCAGGUCUUGCUCAACACCUCGGUCAUUGCAAUGUCACGCAAGGCAUCUCGACAACCACGCAUACUGGUCGAUAGUCCCGACGGCAAGAAACUGAUCAUUGCCCGAAAUGUGCUGAUCACCGCGCCCCUCAUCAACGUCUACGAAGCUCGAGACAGCUUCGACCUAAACAGUGAAGAGGAAGCGUUGUUCCAGCAGUUCUUCGCCAACGGCUACUACACCGGGAUAAUCAAGAACACGGGCUUCCCACCCAACUUCACAGCAGUGGGAGCCGACCCGGACCAACCCUACGGCAUCCCCGCGCUCCCUGGCCCGUACGCCAUCUCGUCCAUCCCCGAGCUGCCCGGCCUCUUUCACGUAUACUACGGAAUCCCGCACCCAAAACCCGGCGAGGCCGUGCAGCGUGACGUCGAGGCCGUCGUGCGCCGCGUCCAAGAAGCUCGGGGCCUGCCGCCGUCCACCCCGGAGUGGGUCAUCUUCAGCGACCACUCUCCGUACAACACCAUGGUGGAGCCCGGGGCUAUCAGGGACGGCUUUUACAAAAAGCUGCUGGGGCUUCAGGGGAAGAGGAACACGUUCUAUACUGGUGCCACGUGGGAGACGCAGGACUCGGGAAUGAUUUGGACUUAUACCGAAGAGCGUGUGCUGCCUCGGCUUCUUGAAUGCUUUUAA